UCCUUCCUCAAUCAAUCACUUUAUCCUUCUCCCUGUUCUUUUCAACUGUUUCUCUCUCUUUCUCUCUCUAUCGCAAUUUUCUCAAAUUAAGCUAAAAGGAGAAGAAGAAGCAGACCAAUUAUUUCCUUAGAAUUCAUAUAUUUUGAAUCACCCAAAGCUUAAAAGUAUCAGAUAUCAUGGAAGGAGAGAGAGGCGUUCCGAAUUAUGAACUUCAGGUUUCGUUCACAAACCCUCAUCCUCAUCAUCAAGCCAUCCACGAAAUGGGUUUCGUUCAAUUCGAAGAGAAUCAAGUCCUCAGCUUUUUGGCUCCUUCUGCUCAGUCUCAAUCUUCUUCCUGUGGCGGCGGAGGCGGUAGCAACACGGCGGCCCCGUCCGCAGCACCGGCCACUAACGGAGCCGCCGGUACAGUAGCAAGUUCCGUUGGGUUUAGCCAUAAUGACCUUGUUACUACCAGAACUCCAUGGAACAACAGCGACCAGGUGGGAACUCUGGAUCCCAAGGCUGUCAAUGAUGAAAACUGCACUGGAAAUGCUAGUGACGGCAACAAUACAUGGUGGAGGAAUACAGCAUCAGAGAAAAACAAAGUGAAGGUGAGGAGGAAGCUGAGAGAGCCAAGGUUUUGUUUCCAAACAAGAAGUGAUGUGGAUGUGCUUGAUGAUGGCUACAAAUGGAGGAAGUAUGGCCAGAAAGUUGUCAAAAAUAGCCUUCAUCCAAGAAGCUACUACCGUUGCACCCAUAGCAAUUGCAGAGUGAAGAAGAGGGUUGAACGACUAUCAGAGGAUUGUCGUAUGGUGAUAACCACUUAUGAAGGAAGGCACAACCACUCUCCUUGUGACGACUCAAAUUCAUCUGAACAUGAAUGCUUCACCUCUUUCUAAUAGGUAAUCCAAUCAGAAAGCAACCAAGAAAAGGGUAAGAAAAGGAGAGGAAGAAGAAGAAGAAGAAAAACAAACGAUUGUCGUUUUCAUUGACAUCAGCAUGGUACAUUAGUUUAAUGGUGACAGUAUCUUUUACUCAUCAUAGGCCAUAGCAAUCUAUUUGAGGGAUUUCCAUGUACUUUAUAUUACUGAUCGAGUGCAUAUCUUCUUUAAAGGUGUACUCUUAUAUAUGUUAUUUGUUAGAAAACGACUCUUUAAUUUGCAUGUGUAUAUGUGUUAAUAUAUAACAUGUUUUAGCUAUAUUAA